AUGCAAAUGUUUGAAAUCAUCAUUUGUUAUCGUAAACAUCUUGUUGGAGAUUAAAUUUAUGAGAUCAGAUUCACUGACAAUGCACUUACAUUAACAAAUGUAUUUCUCUCUUUAAUUCUAUAAAUAGCCCAAGAAACCUGACACUCCUAAAUACAUACUACCUUUAAAUUGGUCCUCAUAGAUUACUUGGUAACUGACAUCAAAGGAAAAUGCUUUUGGCUUUUAAAUUACUCCAAAGAAAUUUAAAUGGUUUCAUGCUAAACAAAGUGACUUACUAAUUUUAAAGAAGAUUCUUUCUAAAUUUGUUUCUUUUACAAAAAUACAAGACUUUUACGAAGCAACAGAACAUUUAGCAAGUGGAAGCAAUAGUCAAGUCUAUUAAGUUAUUAGAAAGAGCGAUAAAAAUGAUAAUUUUGUCACUAAAUGUAUUACUAAAGAAACAAUUUAGAACUCGGUUGAAAAAAUGGUACAGCAGAAGUGUUUAUAAAUUAGAAUGGACUAUACGAUGAAUUAAAUAUCCUUAAACAGUUAAAUCAUCCAAAUCUCCCUCGGUUUGAAGAGUUCUAUGUUGGGGAUGGAACCUAUUAUAUAGUUUUAGAGUAUUGCAAAGGGCAAAGUUUAAAUUCAUACAUUAAAGAGUUAAAACAUUAAUUAAAUGUAAGAAUUAUUUAGAAUAUUCUUUGGGAACUUCUUUAGGGUGUGGCCUAUUUGCAUUCUUUAAAUAUCAUGCAUCGUGAUUUAAAACCCGAGAAUAUAAUAUUAAAUAUCCAGGAAAAAAAAAUAGAUCUGAAAAUUGUGGACUUUGGUCUUUCUGUAAAAUUAGAACCAAAUAAAGAACUUAAGAAAUGUGGAACUCCUGGUUAUGUGGCUCCUGAAAUUAUCAAUUUAAAAAAUGGAAAAUAUGGAUUAGAAAGUGAUAUUUUUUCUGUCGGGUGUGUGUUCUAUAAACUGUAAAAUUAUUAUUAAAUUUAUAAGGUUAUUAAGAAAAGAUUUAUUUUAAGGAGAAACUUAAAAUGAAAUAUUAUCAGCAAAUAGAAGAUGCUUAUUCAAUAUAUAAAACCUCUCUCUAAUUCAUAUUCCAAUUACUGCUUAAAAUUUACUUUCGGAAAUGCUUUAGGAAGAUCCAAGAUUAAGAAUUAAGGCUACAUCUGCAUUACAUCAUUCAUUUUUUAGGGAAAAUUUUAGAAUCAGUAUUAGAAAUAUCCCUCUUGGAUUUUCUUAAUUUAGAGCUAGCUUUCAUACUUAGACAUCGAAUUCAAAACACUAAUUUAAUAAUAAUGAUGAAGAAAUUCAUGUAGAAUAUUUCAAUAGUGAAUUACCUCCUAUAAAUUAAAUUCCUAUCUUUUUAGAAUAUCAUAAAAAUGGAUAAAAAAUUACAUAGAAUUAAGAAAAUUUAAAUUCUUAAUCCACAGAUUCAAAAUUUGUAUUUCGAAAUGUCUCAAAAUCAACAGGUUGA